AUGAUUGAAAAAAUGAUUGAAAAAUGGCCAGACUGUGAUGAGAUCCUGGAAGAAGUUAUAGAACGUUUUAAGAAAACAAGUAAGAAACUCCAAACCCCUGGUUCUGAUGUUAUUGAAAUUUACCUUAUGCUAACAUAUUUGCUUUCAUUUGCUAAAGAACUACGAGAAAAUUCAGCCAACAGGAUUGCAUACUAUGAAUCAGUAGCAAAAGGUUUAUGUGAAUAUAUCACCUUAAAUUAUUCUGAUGUUUCCAACUGCAUUGUUACAAAGAAAUUUGCAGAUAGAACACAUGAUAAGGCUUCUUUGAAAGGGGCUGAAAAAUUUAGGAUAGAAGUUCUAAAUCAAGUCUAUGACUGCUUGAUAAUCCAGUUAAGCAAUAGGACAGAUCUAUAUGAGCAGAUUGUGAAAAGGUUCAAGUUUCUCUCAAAAUUGAUGAACAAUUCAGAAUUUGAUGAGAACAGUAUCAAACUUAUAAUAUCGCAUUACAAAGAUGAUAUUGACCGCAAAUUAAUAAAUGAGUGUUAUCAGUUUAAAGGGUAUUUACACCUCAGGAAAUCCCGGAACGCAGAAGAAAACACACCAUCUAAAAUGCAAUGCACUGAAGUUCUUCAGCUUAUUUAUGAGCAACAAUUAAUUGAAGUAUCCCCUUAUAUUACCACUGCUCAUAAGCUGUUCUUGACAAUGCCUAUUACGAGCUGUGAAGCAGAAAGGAGUUCCUCAAAGCUUUCCUUUGUUAAGAAUAAAUUUCAGUCUACCAUGACUGAAGAGCACUUAAAUUCCUUAUGCAUAUUGUCUCUAGAAAAUGACAUUGCAAGGAAGCUGUCACAUGACAAAACUGUUGCUACAAAAAACAGAAAAAAGAAUAUUUUGUAA